AUGAGGUGGAUCCUUGUGCCGCAUCUCCUGUGCUUUCAUGUGGUGAUGGCCACAGAAAUGUCAGGGGAGUGUGCUGAGACGCAGUCGGAGAGUGAUGCAUCAGUCGCCUUGCAGCGACUGGGGUCCAACGGCACCGUGCGCAAGGCAACCAGAGACAAGUCAGCGUACGCUCGCUUGAUGGGCAACAUGCAGCAUGUUGUGGCCCAAAUUCGAAGGGCCAAGGAGGCAGGGAGGUCUAUCGAUGUGACUCGGGAUCUGGAUGAUUUGGCGGACGACUUCCUUGAGACGUCCGAGCCGGGCGACCAGCAGGAACAGGCAGAUCUGGAUGACUUGGAGGACGGCUUCCUUGAGACGUCUGAGUCUGCCAACAGCCUCGUGCAAGAAGAGGCAUCGCGUAGGCGCAGACGCAGCAGGCGUCGCGCAAUUGACUUCACGGCUUCUGCUGCAUGCACCUACUUCAUCUUUUCCGAUGUUGAAUUUCGAGCUUAG